GACACCUUAAUCAAGAUGAAGUGUUUAAUCAUAUUUCUGUUACCCGUGGCCUUUGCUGCCUCAGUGCAACAAAAGAGAAUCAUUGCUGACACACUUCUGAACGGCCAAGAAGCUAGAAAUAUCAUCGAUCAGCUGGUGACAUUCUUAUCAUCUGACACCAGCGAGGCCAAAUGUGAAUCUGAAUGUCACACUCUAAUUGCAAACCCCCAGUCUACACUCCAACAUUUGUGUCCGUUUAUGUGUCACCUCGCUCAGCAGACAAUUGGUGGACUUCAUCACAACAAACGACUUGUUUUUGACACUUUCCUAAAUGGAGAGGAGGGGAGACGCAUUGUGGAUCAACUUGUGGAACAGCUCGGAACUGACGCCAACUAUGCAAAAUGCGAACAGGAAUGUCACGUGUUGAUUCGGAAUCAGCAGUCCGUGAUGCAACAUCUCUGUCCCUUCAUCUGUCACUUAACAAUAGAUGCGAUCAAGAGUCUUCAUAGCCCAACAACCGACCCAGCAGCAACAGGAAAGAAGAGACUGUAUCUAGCGAGACCUGACCCCCCAGAGUAACCUUGUCUUGAAUAG